CUUAAGGUAGCUAAUGCUCACUUUUCAUACAAGUCAUGUGAAGACAUAAGCCAGCUUUUCCAGGCUAUGUUUCCAGAUAGCCAAAUAGCAACGAAAUUUGCUUGUGGUGAAUGCAAAUGCGCAUAUCUGUGUACAUUUGGACUGGCGCCCUACUUUAAAGGACUCACUUUACGUCGAGUGUCAAAGCAAAGAUAUGUCAUGUUAUUUGACGAAAGCCUGAAUCACUACUUGCAGUCUAAACAGGUAGACAUUGUUGGGAAUAGAAGGAUUUUAUAUGUUUUACUAUCAGUUGUGUUUCACUAUAUAAAUUUUAGAUGUGUGAACAAUGAGAAUACUGAGAUGAUUUCAGCUGAUCUGAAUGUGUUUGCUUUGCAGAAGUGGAGAAGUACAGGAGAGGAAGAGACAUGAAGUCUGAGGAGCACAUACCGCAAUGCUUAGAUAAUUAGUUUCAUAUAUGGUAAAAAGAAUAGAAAGUGAUGAACAGAUAGUAAGGUACAGCACGUGUAGGGGGUUGUGUUGUUCUCUUGUCUUUCAAAACAGGAACCACGCCCCCACUGUCAGCGGGAAGGAGUCAGAUUAACACGAGGCAGGGGCGUGGUGUGGUGAAGGAGGAAGUGGAACUGCCAAUGAGAAGAGGACAACGCCUUGCGUGCACAAUGACACUCUGUUACGCUCAAAUAUACUGGGUCAGGGAAAGGACAGGAGGUCAGAUUUCGUGAACUGACACACCUUUGUUGUUCGUCAGGGACGUGAAGUUGAGACCCAGAGCUCUGUAAUUUUAUUCCUUUACUGCUUAAUAAACUACAUUAACUGAGACCGAAUAUCUUCUCCUAUUGCUUCAAUAAAGAACACGCAGGACUGAGCUCACACAUAGCAUAUUGGAGAGUAGGAUGAGCCCCAAGUCCAUCAAUUGGUGACCCCGACGUGAUCUGAAGCCGGAGGAGUGACGGGAUAAAAGACAUUCAACAGCGGAGGACAGCAGUAUCGUGACAACACUUGCCGCGGCCUAAAAAGAAGCUUUCUCCAAACAGGUGACCACAGCUCGGGAGGGAGCAGAAGGGAAAGACCCCCCAACAUCAGAGUGGGUCCUGCUCAAGGUGAUCAAACGAAAGUGGUCAGAGCCAAGGUGGACUGGUCCCUACAAAGUCGUGGAACGGACGUCCCACGCCGUCAAACUACAGGGAAAAGGUGACACAUGGUAUCACUGGAGUCAGUGUGCAGUGGCAGAGACACCUGCCCGAACACUGGAGGACAUAAGAGACACUAAAAAUUAAAAAAAAACCAAACAAACAAACACACAGCUUACUCACAUAGACAUUUAUUCAUUUAGCUUAGCAUAAGUGCGGAAGAGAUAUCCUGUGAUCAAUGUGAAGGUUUGAAGCUCCUUUGAAGCAACACUUUGCCCAGAGUACGUUUGAGUAAUAUAAAGCCAGGAUACAAGAAAGACUCGCUUGCAGAACAUUUACACUCCAUAUUUACUCUUAUAUUUUACACGUGUAUAUUUACAUUUUUGCAAAAAAAAAAAAAAAAAAAAAUGAAAUUGUUAUUAGAAUUAUUAGGAUUAGAACCACGCCACCAUAAGUGGUGUGUGUUGGGAGUUGUUGUGUUAACCUGUGUUAUUGUUUUACCUCUGUUGUAUUAUGAGUCUUCCCUCAGAGACAAAGCCGUAGAACCACCACGAAACCGAACCAGGAGAAACACACCAGGGAGUGGAACGUCAGACUCCUGCAUAGCUAAGUAUGGUGGAGUAGAAUUGACAUACAUCAUAGGGCAAAGUACAGGGUUCCAGUUUGACUUGUGCUCCGUAAUAAACUGUAAAGGAAAGGAUCCAAAUUGGAGGGGGUAUGACGUGUACAUAUGUGGAUUCUCAUGGGGAGGGCCCACACACAAUCCGUGGUGUGGAAGAUGGAGAGAUGUGAUGACGUAUUCUGGGCUUUGGGACCCACCACCAUAUAGGGUAGGAGGACAGGACAUUGGGAAAAAGAUAAAGAUACAGAGGCAGCAGCUUCAGCCUCUCCCAGGCUCCCAUAAGCAGAAUCCGGUAUUGCUAAGCGUGUAUAAUCUCACAACAAACCCAUGGUCAAACUCAAUCAGGCACCGCACCAAAUGCGGAGAUCCCACCAACAACACAAUGUAUUUGGUGUUGGGAGUAGACCACAGUGGCACCGAUACCAUGGGACUAAUUAAACUAACCUUAUUGAAUCCUACCCCUACUAAAACCACCGUAUCUCCGAGUAAUGUAACCAAGGCACCUGAACCCCAACAGAACACAGGCGUGAUAAACAUUGACUACUCUAAAUUGACCCGCAGUGACGUAGUCAGAUUGGCCACAGGCUAUGGAGACAGAAACUUAUGGUUAGACUGGGUGGCAGUGACAGCAGAAUCCAUGAACAUGUCAAAUUGCAUUGUAUGCUCAUCCGCUAGACCUACACUGUUCACCACUCCAGCCCCUUUGUAUCCCGACACAGACCCUAUUGGUUUUAACUGUAUGAUAAAUAUGACCAUGUAUCCUGAUCCUGCUAAUUGUACCACUCUGAGUUCUCUGUUUCCACCCAUAAAGAAUCACACCAUCCCACCAACGUUUAGUCCCAGAAUCGCCAACUACACUUGUUUCCAUAGGAACCUCUCCACCGGGGUGGUAACUGAUAUGGGACAGAUGCAAGCUGACUGGUGCCAGAGAACACUGAAUGUGAGUAUGUGGCAGAACGCCAGCAGCAUGGUUCAGGCUAGAGGGGACCUGUUCUGGUACUGUGGAGAUAAGACCCUCCACUUGUCCCUGCCAUCGUCCUGGGUUGGUACAUGUGCACUGGUCCGACUGGCUGUACCCCUGGUCCUGUUAGGGAUGAGGGAUGCCCAGACCAACUCAGGUAGACAGAAAAGAAAUGCAUUUGAUAUGAGCCAGGGAACAACCAUGUAUAUGGACGCCAUAGGUGUUCCUCGCGGGGUCCCAGACCAGUACAAAUUGGCUGACCAAGUGGCUGCUGGUUUUGAAAACAUACCCAUAUUAGCUGCACUGUUUCCCAUCACCCCUAACAAAAAUGUGGACAGAAUUAAUUAUGUGCAUUACAGUGUUCUUAGACUGGCCAACAGCACUAGGGACGCAGUUGGAGGACUCUCUGAACAACUGGCAGCCACCUCCCUGAUGACAGUACAGAACCGAAUUGCGUUAGACAUGCUUUUGGCGGAGAAAGGGGGUGUCUGCUCUAUGUUCCAGGGCCUCUGCUGCACCUUCAUCCCAAACAACACAGCUCCAGACGGGUCAGUAACUAAGGCGCUAGAAGGGCUGCACACGCUCUCUGAGGAAAUGCAUGAACACUCAGGCAUUGAUAAACCCCUGGGUGGUAUCUUCGAGAAGUGGUUCGGUAAGUGGAAAGAUUUAGUGGUAUCGGUAUUCUUGUCUCUGGUGGGAAUGCUCGCGGUGUUAGCAUUAUGUGGUUGUUGUUGUAUCCCAUGUAUCCGGUCACUCUGUGAAAGAAUCAUAGUGACAGCUGUGGAGAGAAAACAUCCACAGCCCCCACCAUAUCAGAUGACUCAAAUGGAGACGGCCACCCUGUUAGGAGGGCCGCCUACUGAUUCAGAUUCGGACUCAGACUCAGGAGCAGACAAGAUGUGAGUGGUCUCAUGUGUAUGAGACCAAAAGGGGGAGUUAUAACUUUUUGUUUCAAAAGAAACAAAAAGUGCAGUAAUCACAAGACAUAAAAAGGGGGACCUGGAAACAUUGGGACUAAAAAAAGUGGCCUCAGUCCUAUGAGGCCAAAAGGGGGACUGUUGGGAAUAGAAGGAUUUUAUAUGUUUUACUAUCAGUUGUGUUUCACUAUAUAAAUUUUAGAUGUGUGAACAAUGAGAAUACUGAGAUGAUUUCAGCUGAUCUGAAUGUGUUUGCUUUGCAGAAGUGGAGAAGUACAGGAGAGGAAGAGACAUGAAGUCUGAGGAGCACAUACCGCAAUGCUUAGAUAAUUAGUUUCAUAUAUGGUAAAAAGAAUAGAAAGUGAUGAACAGAUAGUAAGGUACAGCACGUGUAGGGAGUUGUGUUGUUCUCUUGUCUUUCAAAACAGGAACCACGCCCCCACUGUCAGCGGGAAGGAGUCAGAUUAACACGAGGCAGGGGCGUGGUGUGGUGAAGGAGGAAGUGGAACUGCCAAUGAGAAGAGGACAACGCCUUGCGUGCACAAUGACACUCUGUUACGCUCAAAUAUACUGGGUCAGGGAAAGGACAGGAGGUCAGAUUUCGUGAACUGACACACCUUUGUUGUUCGUCAGGGACGUGAAGUUGAGACCCAGAGCUCUGUAAUUUUAUUCCUUUACUGCUUAAUAAACUACAUUAACUGAGACCGAAUAUCUUCUCCUAUUGCUUCAAUAAAGAACACGCAGGACUGAGCUCACACAUAGCAUAUUGGAGAGUA